AAGGACCGGUGUGCAGAGUCCACCGCACCCAAACGAAACCGUCUCGGCCGUAGUAGUUGUGUGUGGAGUAGUUGUGUGCGGCGCGAAAAAAACCCGGAACGGUCACCCAUCUACGCAAUCGAGGGAUAGUGUGAACGAGUGCGUGGAAUUAGCAAACUAGAAUAAUAAAAACGACGAGAGUGCGAGAGCGGAACUGGACACGGAGAGAACGAUCCAUUGAUGUUCGAUCGGGCCGCACUCGAUACAUUGUAUGGGCAUAUAUCGUGAUCAGCGGUCGCACGCCCUUAGGAUAGUGUUUUAGUGUGUCGGUUGUUUUUUGUUUUUUCGGCGUCAGGAUUGGAACGGUGUUGUGGUUGUAGUGAUUGUUGUCGGGCAGUAUGAACGAACUGGAUUCCCUUAGACAAGAAGCCGAAACACUUAAAAAUGCAAUCAGGGAUGCCCGAAAGGCGGCGUGCGACACGAGCCUGGUGCAGGCCACGGCCAGCCUGGAGGCGAUCGGCCGCGUCCAGAUGCGCACCAGACGCACGCUGCGCGGUCACCUGGCCAAGAUAUACGCGAUGCAUUGGGGCAGCGAUUCGAGGAAUCUCGUAUCGGCCUCGCAGGACGGCAAGCUCAUCGUGUGGGACAGUCACACCACCAACAAAGUACAUGCGAUCCCGCUGCGAUCGUCGUGGGUGAUGACGUGCGCGUACGCCCCGUCCGGCAGCUACGUAGCGUGCGGCGGCCUCGACAACAUCUGUUCGAUCUACAGUCUGAAGACGCGCGAGGGCAACGUGCGUGUGUCCCGCGAACUGCCCGGUCACACCGGCUACCUGUCCUGCUGCCGUUUCCUCGACGACAACCAGAUAGUGACGAGCAGCGGCGACAUGUCGUGCGCAUUGUGGGACAUCGAGACCGGACAACAGGUCACAUCGUUCCUCGGCCACACCGGGGACGUCAUGUCGCUCAGUCUGUCGCCAGACAUGCGGACUUUUGUAUCAGGUGCGUGCGACGCGUCGGCGAAACUGUGGGACAUACGCGAGGGCGUGUGCAAGCAGACGUUCCCCGGCCACGAGUCCGACAUCAACGCGGUGACGUUCUUCCCGAACGGUUUCGCGUUCGCGACCGGCAGCGACGAUGCCACGUGCCGCCUCUUCGACAUACGCGCCGACCAGGAGCUGGCGAUGUACAGCCACGACAACAUCAUCUGCGGCAUCACGAGCGUCGCCUUCAGCAAGAGCGGCCGUCUGCUUUUGGCCGGAUACGACGACUUCAACUGCAACGUGUGGGAUUCGAUGAAGACGGAAAGAGCCGGAAUUUUGGCGGGUCACGACAACCGAGUGAGCUGUCUGGGAGUGACGGACAACGGCAUGGCCGUCGGUACGGGAUCCUGGGACAGUUUCCUGCGUAUCUGGAAUUAAACAAAAAACCCAACAACAAACCAAAUACAAAAACAAAAACCCAACAACAGCACCAACCAGUCUCCAAACAAAAAAAAUUAAAAUCACCGAAAACUCUUUUUCGAAAGCGCAUCAUAUAUAUAUAUAUAAAACAAAAAACAAAUAAUAAUGUUUAUAUUAUUAUGUGAAAAUCGGUCACGACAAACAACUGUGCCCGUCAAUAAUUCAAUAAUUAUUGUAAUACGCAACAACAACCAAUCGCCAAACAAAAUAAUUUUGCAAAUCGUACAUAUUUAUUAUUGUAGAUAAUAUGUAUUUUUGACAGUUCAUCUCACCCACAUCACAUCGAUACUGUUUUUUUUUUUUUUUGUUAAUGUUUUCUAUUUGCGUAUUAGUGUGUAGUGUUCUUUUAAUUAGCGCUUGUGAUUUUACUACUACUACUUCUACAACUUUUUUACUAUUAUUAUUUUCUUUAGUGAGUUAAGUGUUUUAUUAUAGUUCGUUUAUUUUGUGAUUAAGUCCCAAAAAUUUUAGGUCUUACUUUAUUAUUAAUUAUUAUUAUUGUACGUAUGUAACUGUAUUUAUUUUUAUGUAAUUGAUCUUGUCAAAUUAUUAUUAUUUAGUGAUUGUAAUAAAAUCAGUAUUUUAGUUCAAGUUUUUGGUUUUUGUUUCGACGUUUUGCGCAAAUUAACGAAAUGUGAUUUGGGUGAGAGUGGGCGGGGACGAAACCAAUCGUAUCGUUUUGGCACACGUCCGGGAAACUAAAACUAAAAAAAUGGCAUUGUACUAGUCUUUUAUCGUACCACUUUUUAACCAAAUAUAUCCUUGUGCCAUACAAACUAACCUGAACACAAAACUAUAAAAGAACAAAAAAAUAUAAUAUUAAACAGUCGCGAUGUCACAGACCAAUGCUGAAAUAUAAUAAAUGUGACGUGACCACGAACUACUAUUAUUUAUUAAUAGGCGGAUAGGCAGAUUGAUUAAUCAAAGUAAUUGAAGAAAAAAAAAAUAGGAAAAACCAUAAAAAAAAUGAAAUUCGGAGAUACUGCCCAAUACUGUUGUUUAACAAACAGUGUUCCAUGUUCUUUUCUUUGUUAUUAACGUCGAAUAUAUCUCAUUAUUGUACUAUUUCACCAAGAUGUAUCGUUUUUACCGCUUUUUGACUUUGUAAAUAUGUUCAGUUCCUUCGUUCCAUCGAGACAACUAGAAAAUUUUACGUUUACGUUUAGUCAUAAACAAACAAAAAAAAACACUACAAACUAGGAUUAUAAACUAAAUUAAAAAAAAAAACUAGCUUUCGCUUGAUUCGAUUGGUUUGCGGGGGGCGGCCACGCCCCCUCGCGUGGACGCCGUAUAAAUCACCCGAUUCCGUUCGUUCAAUCCCGUGGAACAAGACAUAUAUAUGCACAAUUUUUUCCGAACGGCCCGCGCGCGACGCACGCGCACCAACCAACCAAACACCCUUUUGAUAUAUUACGCCCACAACCCGAAGGAGGCGCGAGGACGGCGCGGGACGUUCCGAACCCGGUCAAAGCAACAUAAAAUGAUUAAAAAAAACCAAAAAAAAAAAAUGAAUACAUUUUUUGAUUAAUUUAUUACUAUUAUUAUUAUUAUUAAACUAAGGAAUAAAGAUAAAAAAAUAAAAUUAAAUUAAGUACGCUAGAUUUUUGUAUAUAUGAGGUGGGCCGCGAUUGGACCUCUCACGACCAGUCUGGCUUUACGGUUUCGUUUCUCUUUUUUUAGUGUUUUUUUUUAAGGGCUCACUGAACUGGCCGAGGGAACCUGGCGACCGAGGUCGCACGUAUCGCCUCCCGCCCCGAUGGCCGGGCGGCGGACGGAAAGGCGGUCGCGGCGACUGUAUGUGUGUUUUUUUAUAAAAUAUAAGUAUAAAAGUCACCAGAAUUCAAUUCGUAUAUCCCCCCAUUCAUGAACGUGUGUUUACUCUGUUUUUAUUUCGUUUUCUUUUUCAUGCGAAGGAGUAUGUAUAAAUUAAUUAAUACAGGGCACAAUUGAUGCGCAUACGUUGUUCCAUGUUUCGUUCUCGUUCGCAUUGACGCCUAAAAAAAAGUAAAAUAUCGGGCGGGGAACCCCGUACUUUUGAUUACCGCAAACGCAUUACUCUCUCUCUCUCUCUAAUCUAUAAUCUAAUCUAUUUCAAUUUUUCCGUUCGGUCUUUCUGUCUGAUUUGUUUCAAUUCGUUUGAAUUUUUUGGACUAUUAAGCAUGAAGAAAAAUAAAAAACCAAAUCGGAAAAGGGACACGUUCCAGCUUGUAAGAAUCGUUGAAUGAAUUCUUGGGGGGCAGGCAUGUGUCUAUUUUUCAAAGUACGUAGGAUAGAUUGUCAUUUUUUAUUGUUACAUUAUUUAAAAAGUAUGGUGUAUGAAAUAAUACUAUAGCAAAUAUAUGUUAUACUGUAAUGUACCUAAAAUAAACAAAUAAAAAACAAUUCCUGAA